UUCUCUUCUUCUCUAAUCUCUCUCUCUCUCUCUCUCUCUAGAAACUUACUUUCUCCCGCAAUCAAGUAACUCCGUUAGACCCGGUCUAUCCAUCCAUCUAUCUAUUUCCCUUUUUCCAUUUUCAUCAUCUCUUCAUUACCCUCCCUUUUUUUUUCUCUUCUCUCUCUAGGGUUUUGAUUCUUCUACUCAAUAAUUUUAUCCAUCUCUCUGUAUUUCUCGAAAUCUUUAAUCUUUGACAAUGACUUCUGUCAGGCCCAACUUCUUGCCUCCUGGGUUGGUUUCCAAUCUUCAGGAAGUGUUGUCAAGCAGAAAGGGUGAUGAAGGUGACCAAUCAAAUGAUAAUAAUGAUAAAUCAACAGAACCCUCUACUUCUACUUCUGUUGAAAGUACUACGGAGACUGAAGAUAAUUCUAAGCCUGUUGUUUUGGUUACCAAUGGAGAUGGGAUUGACUCGCCUGGCCUUGUUUUUCUUGUUGAAGCUCUGGUUCGUCAAGGCCUAUACAAUGUCAAUGUUUUGGCGCCUCAAUCGGACAAAUCAGUAUCUGGUCAUUCUGUUACUCUGCGAGAAACAAUUGCUGUGACUUCUGCUGAAAUCAAUGGUGCCACAGCUUAUGAAGUUUCGGGGACUCCUGUGGAUUGUGUUUCAUUAGCAUUGUCUGGAGCACUGUUUUCUUGGUCGAAGCCUUUGCUGGUGAUUAGUGGAAUCAACCGGGGAUCAAGCUGUGGUCAUCACAUGUUUUACUCUGGUGUUGUUGCUGGAGCUCGAGAGGCAUUAAUUUGUGGUGUCCCUUCUCUGUCAAUAUCGUUAAACUGGAAGAAGGAUGAAAGCCAGGAAAGUGAUUUUAAAGAUGCAGCUGCUGUAUGUCUGCCAUUGAUCAAUGCUGCUAUCAGAGACAUUGAGAAGGGGAGUUUUCCAAAGAGCUGUUCUCUGCAUAUCGAAAUCCCUACAUCUCCAACUAAAAAUAAGGGUUUCAAAUUGACUAAGCAAAGCAUGUGGAGAUCCUCGCCUAGCUGGCUAGCUGUUUCAGCUAACCGGCAUCCUAAUGCUGGUUUCAUGUCUAAUCAACAGAGUCUUGGCAUCCAGCUUGCUCAGCUUGGGCGAGAUGCCUCUGCUGCUGGUGCAGCUCGCCGUUUGACCACACAAAAGAAGAGUGUGGUGGAGAUUGAAUCAGUUGGGGCUGCUGGGAAAUCUGAUGCUGGUCGAGUGAAAAAGUAUUUUCGUCUAGAGUUUCAGGACAAAGAACAGGCAGAUACAAAUGAAGAUCUGGAUUUCAGGGCGCUUGAAAAUGGAUUUGUGUCUGUAACUCCUUUAUCGCUUUUGCCACAUAUCGAGCCAGAAACUCAUGUAGCAGCUGCAGAUUGGAUAUCUUCUGCACUUAAAGAGGACCAAUAAACCACAUUGACUGAGAGAACCAGCGAUUUUGUAUACAUUUCCUGUUGUGUUAAUUAGUUAUUAAUUGAUUUGUGAUUUUUGCAUUUGCUUUUUUAAAAUUUUACCCUUAAUUUAUUUUUCCCAAAUAUUUUGGUGGAGUUGGGUUUGUAUUUAGUAGUUGCCUACACAUAAAAUGUAAUUUAAAAAUGGUCAGGUCCUAAUUGAUCGACCUUGCCUUUUUCUCUAACUGCUCUUUUUCCUUUUAUUUUUUUUUUGUGGAAUUGUAUCUUGUAUUUGUUUCUUAACAUGUGAUUCAUGAUUUAUUGAUAGCAGAACUAAUUGAGACA